CCUGUGACCUGUGUGGUUUCUACAUCUGGGGCAUGGAGAAGGCCUACAUGUGCAGCGCUUGCAAAUUGAUAUGUCACAAGAAAUGCCUUUCCAAAAUCAUCACCGACUGCUCAACUCGAUGUGCCAGGCUGGACGAUGGGAGACCUGGCUGUCUGCACUUUGGGGUGCAGGUGUGUGUACUGACCAGUAAGACAUACCCGAUCCCCAUGGUACUUCUGAUGAUGCUGGAGCAUGUUGAGAUGAAUGGCCUGUACACAGAGGGCCUCUACCGUAAAUCUGGUUCUGCCUCGCACGCCAGGGAAUUACACCAACUACUGGAGACAAACCCUGAGACGGCGACUCUGGAGAACUACUCCAUCCACACGAUGACUGGCCUGGUGAAACGCUGGCUCAGAGAGCUGCCUGACCCCCUCCUUACUUACCGCCUCUACAAGGACUUCCUUCACGCCGUCGAGUUGCCAGAGCAAUCUGAGCGGCUUCGUGCGGUCUACCAGAAACUGGACGAGCUUCCCUCCGCUAACUUCAAAACACUGGAGAGAUUGGUCUUUCACCUGGUCAGAGUGGCAAAGGAGGAAGAACACAACAGGAUGUCAGCAAACUCCCUGGCCAUAGUGUUUGCCCCCUGCAUCCUGCGAUCCCAAGACACCACUGACCCCUUCCUAGUCUUGAAGGACGUCUCCAAGACAACCACGUGUGUGGAGAUCCUGAUCUCGGAACAGUUCAGACGGUACACUGAGAAGAUGCAGGAUAUCACCGAGCUGGAAUACGCUGAGGCCCUGGCCGUCAACCAGCUCAAACUCAAGAGACAGAACACUAUCUCAGAGAAACCUUCAUCGGAGCCGGACGCCCCUCACAUGGACAACCUUGACCUGUUGGAUAUAGACAUGGAAUCAGAGAGGACCCUCAUCGAAAGGAUCAAAUCCAUCAAGCAGGAGAAGGAGGAGCUGGCAUGCAGGUUGCCAGAGCUGGAGCAGGAGAACUCCGACAACGACAAUCUGGACUCUGAGUCAUCAAUCAGCUCAGAGAGCCUGGACUCAGAAGGCAGAGUGAACCUGUUGUGGAGGAGCCAGAGGAAGGAGUGCCCUCCUAAGCCACCUGACCUGGCCCAGAGAACUACUACAGCCACAGGCCAUGACCAGGCUAGAUGGAUAGAACCCCCAGCCUACAACAAGACCAGGAGCAGGAACUUCUCAGAACUGGACAUCCCUUUCAUAGAUGAGGAAGAGGACUAGCCUGGGUGCCAGUCUGUUUUUGCUCCAAAUGGAAUUGUCAUGCCAAACAUGGCUGUACAAUGACAGCAAUGUAGUUGGAAAGAGCACUAAACAGAUCUGGGACCAGGCUAGAGGACAUCUAGGACUGGGCCAUAUUGUCCUCCGACAGGUGGCGUCUCUAAUACACGAUGCUAGUCCUUCGACUGAUAGCGUUGGAGCUGUGUUAUGGCAACAAGAACCAAGCACAUGAUGUAUAUUUUCCUACAUCCAUUAAUGUGUGUGUGUGUGUGUAAUGAUCAAAGCUCAAAUCAAAUCUAAUUUUGUUUGUCACAUGCGCCGAAAACAACAGAUGCUAAAUGCUUAGUUUUUAAAAGGUAAGAAAAAUGUGCUACUCUAGGGAAAAUAGUAACACAAUAACGGGGCUGUAUACAAGGGGUACCUAUACCAAGUCAAUGUGCAGGGGUACGGGUUAGUCU